GAAAAUUCCGAAUUUGCCACUGCAGUGAAAUAAGUAAAGGAAGCCCAAAGUGUAAAACCCUCUAUCUCUCUCUUCCAUCGCAAAUUAGACCGCAGCGCAAGGGCUUCGCACUCUCUCUCUCUCUCUCUUCGGCUUUGAAUUCGAUUCCGACGAAGGAUUGACCUGGGCAUCGAUGGCGGCGAUGGCAUCAAAGUUGCGUCAGUUGCAGUCCAAGGCUUGCCAAGCGACUCAGUUUGUGUCCAAGCAUGGAACUACCUACUACAAGCAGUUGUUAGAGCAGAACAAGCAAUACAUUCAGGAGCCGGCAACUGUGGAGAAAUGCAGUGAGCUGUCAAAGCAAUUGUUUUACACUCGACUUGCUAGUCUUCCGGGUCGGAAUGAAGCACUGCGGAAGGAACUUGAUUAUGUCAAGAGUUUGUGGAAGAACAGGCAGGACUUGAAGGUUGAAGAUGCUGGCAUUGCUGCUUUGUUUGGGCUGGAGUGCUUCUGCUGGUUUUGUGUUGGUGAGAUUGCAGGAAGGGGAUUCACUAUCACCGGUUACCAUGUCUGAGAACAACCAUUUGGUAAAAUGUUUGUAGGGAUUUCAUGUGUAAGCCUCCAUUUUCAUUUGCUUCUGAACUUCGGGUACUCCACUUGCAAUUUUUGUUUUCCUAAAGAAAUUUUUGAAGCUGAGAGGUUGGUAUGCAAGUUUGACAGCCUUAAUAAUCAAUGUAAUUGAAAGUAACAUGGAUGGAGUUUAUCUGUUAUUUUUCUUGGAAGCAAUGACCAUUGCUCAUUAAUGAUGAUAAUACUGCAUGAAUUUUAUUGGAUUCA